CAUUUUAAAUGAACAAAACUCAUCCCCGCCUCCUCUAUUCUCUUUAUCUAUUAUUAUUCUCUCUGUCUCCUCCAAUAUGGCGAAAAUAACACGUCAGAUUUUUGGAGAUUUGUAGUAUCCUGUAGUAGCAGUUUUCUUGAGGGCGGCUUUGGCGUCCUCACACCUUUGGGGAACUUCACCCUAGGCCCCAUCGUGUGAAUUAUUGAUUUUAUUCUUUAAACUAAAAAAUGAUGAUGUAUACGGGGACAAGCACGGAGCAGGACACCCGCUUCAGCGACAAGGAGAAGAAGCUGAUGAAGCAGAUGAAGUUUGGUGAUUGUUUAACUCAGCAGGUGGACAUGUCCAAGGUGAAGUUGGAUGUGCUGAAGCCAUGGAUAACUCAGAAGAUAACAGAAAUUCUCAAGAUGGAAGAUGAUGUAGUCAUUGACUAUGUUAACAACCAGCUUGAGGAAAAGUUCCCUUGUCCAAAGAAAAUGCAGAUCAACUUAACUGGGUUCUUGAAUGGCAAAAAUGCUCGACUAUUCAUGGGCGAGCUGUGGGAGCUGUUGCUGAGUGCUCAAUCCAGCGAGAAUGGGAUUCCAGAGACAUUCACCCAACAGAAGAAAGAGGAGAUCAAGAAAAGAAUGGAGGAACAGCAAAAGGACAAGGAGAAGGAGAAGGAUCGUCGCAGGUCGCGGUCACGGUCGCGUUCCCGGCGACGUUCGCGGGAGCGGCGGCGCUCGCGGUCCAGGACACGAGAUCGCUCUUCUGACAGGAAACACCGUAACGGAGGCAGCCCGCGGCGGUCGCGGAGGCGCAGUCGGGACAGGAGCAGCCAGUCGAAGUCUUCGCAUGUGGAAGACGUAAAGGCAGCUGAACCUAAAGAAAAUGGGAAAUCUCCUGAGAAGAAAGAAGAUAAUGAAGUUAAAGAAGAAGUCAACCACAAUACUUCAAAUGAUACUUCUAAGGACGAAAGCAAAGAGAAUGUCCUCAAGGAGGAUAAAACUGAAGAUGAAGGGCAUAAGUCUCGGUCUGCUUCACCUGAAAAGCCAAAUGGUGAUAAACCCACUGAAGAAAAACCAGUUGAGAAAGCUAGACGCUCGUCUAGCGAAAGACGUUCUUCAUCUGCAUCAUCACGCGGUAGUGCUAAGAAGAGAUCAUCACACAAGAAGCGCCAGUAUCGUUCCAACAGAGAUUCGUCUACGAGCGUUAGUCCCAGACGUAGCUCACGCCGAGAAAGGAGUAAGUCACGUCGUCGCAGCAGCCGCCGUCGGUCUAUAGAACGACGCGAUAGGGAGCGUGAACGUGAAAGGGAGAGGGAACGUGAGAGGGAACGUAGACGACGUGAACGAGAAAGAAGAGAGAGGUCUCGAGAACGUCGUCGUUCACUUGAGAGACGUAGACGGUCUCGGUCACGUUCAAGACGACGUCAAACACGGGAAAGGUCUCGUGAUCGUCGCCGUUCGAGGUCUCGCAGGCGAACCGCGUCCCGGUCUCGUCGCCGCUCUGGUCGUGGCUCGCGGGAUCGUCGCUCUAGGGACCGACGAUCCAGGGAUAGGCGCUCUAGAGAUAGAUCUAGGGAGAGGAGAUCCAAAGAUCGCACUAAGGAUAGGAGAUCGCGGGAUAGAAAAUCACGAGACAGGAGAUCUAGUGACAUUAUUAAAGAACGGCUAGAAAAAUCCGUCUCCAUUCCCCGUAAAGAAAAUCUAGACAAGCUGCAUAAGAAGUCUUCUGAGCGAGUGUCUUUGUUACGAGAGCAGUCGAAAGAACGAGCAGUAUCAAGUUCGAGUAGAGAAUCAUCCGUAGUUAAUGAAAAGCCAGUUCCGCAAAACGAUGAACAACCCAAACCCGUUCAGUCAUCCGACGACGAAGAGAAGGAAGAUAUCAUUGCAAUUCCUACAUUACGAGAAUUUUCUAAGAGUUUAUCCCGUACUCCAUCGCCGUUCUUGCGCAAACAUGAAAUUGAACACAAAAAAUCUGACAGAUCCGGUGAUGAUGUAUCAGUCAAAGAGCAAAAUGAAGAAGAAGCUAAGCCAAGGGAUGUGAAGAAAGGUAAACGCAAAACUCAACAAUCUGAGUCAGAGAGUGAGAGCAGCGAAGAAGUGUUGAAAGCUAAGACCAAGGCAAAGGUAAAACGCAAAGAUAAGGCAACAUCAAAAAAAUCCAAAAAGCCGAAGAAAGAAAGUUCUUCAAGUGAGAGUGAUUCAGAAGAUAGCUCUUCAAGUGAUUCUGAAGAUGACCGGAAGAAGAAAAAUAAAAAGAAUGCUAAAAAGAAAUUAGCAAAGAAAUCUCGCAAGAAGAGAGCGCGUUCAUCUAGUUCUGAAUCGAGUUCAGAAGAAGAAGUUAAGCACAAGAGUUCCAAAUCGAAACAAAAGAACAUUCCAGAGGAAUCUGAUGUAGACAAGAAAUCAAAGAAGCGUAACAAAGAUACCAGUAUUGACCAUUCAAGGUCGGAAAAAAGUGAAAGUAAACAAAAAUCCAAGAAAAUUGAAAACACUGAUGACUCUCACGAUGACACAUCUGAAAGUGACGAAAAGUCAACCAAGAAAAAAGCUGUAAAACGAGACUCCUCCAGUUCGGAGAAGGAAACAAAACGAUCCAAGAAAACUGAACCCGCUAAAGAGCGUGCUACUUCACCAGACGGAACAAAGAGCAGGAAAGCUGAGGAGAAAGUAAUAAAAACAAAGCACGAAGAAGUAAAAUCCAAGUCUCGGGACGAUACUGAAAAGAAAGCUAAGAAACGUGAGAAAGAGGAAUCUUCAUCUGACAGUGACCAGGUGUCGAAAAAGAAGGCAAGAAAGAAGGUUUCCGAGUCCGAUUCUGAGUCUGACAGUGAUGAGCCUAAAAAGUCUAAAAAAGCUAAAAAACACAAGAAGCACUCGAAAAAGCAUAAGAAACAUAAAAAGCAUAAGAAAGCUUCUAAAAAGAAGGAUGACUCUUCUGACAGUGAAGAAGCCGAGGAGGAGGAAGAGGGAAAAGUGAAUAACGAAGAUUUGGAAAAGAAGCUUCGCGAAAGAGCAUUGAAAUCAAUGAAAAAACAAACUAGUGCAUCUGGGUCUGACUAGCCCAAAAUCUUUUAUACCACCGCGCUCACAAAACUGAAUUCAGAGAGGUUCAGUGGCUUAGAAUAUUUGUCUUAUUUUAUGGUACGUUACGAUUUUAACCUUUCGUGUGAUUGACCCACGCUCGUAAUAAUUACCGUCGUAUGCACGGCCGAAAUGAAAUGGCGCGAGGAAGCGGCGAGCGUUCCUUUGUAUGUGUGUGUAAGCAUUUUAAAUUUCGCGCCAUAACAUAGACCGGUGAUACAGGAUGUUUAUUUUUGAUUGUUGAAAAAUCUUUAAUGCUGGAUUAGAAAUAAAAAACGUGUACAAAAU